UUUCCUAAAAUGAAGAGUUUUUCAAGAAGCAUCACAUUUGUUUCCUUGACGGCCUUGUUUCUCGUGGCCGCCGUGUCUGCUUCACUAUUUGACGACGUCAACCUUCCUUUCGACUACUAUAGCGUUAGCUGUCCAAAUCUUGAGAGUAUUGUGCACAAGAAAGUGGAGGAAUGGGUUAAAAGAGAUUAUUCUCUUGCUCCUGCCCUCAUGAGGUUGCAUUUCCAUGACUGCUUUGUUAGGGGAUGUGAUGCUUCAAUAUUAUUAGACCACGAUGAAAGUGAGAGAAGUGCCAAAGCAAGCAAGACAUUAAGGGGAUUUGAAGUAAUUGAUGAUAUCAAAACUGAAUUAGAGAAAGCCUGCCCCAAGACAGUGUCGUGUGCUGAUAUUCUAACUGCAGCUGCAAGAGACGCAACACUUGCUGUAGGUGGUCCAUUUUGGAUGGUGCCAUAUGGUAGGAAAGAUGGUACAGUUUCAAUGGCUAAGGAAGCUGAUCAAUUAAUUCCUGUGGGUCAUGAAUUAGUUACUGAUUUGCUUGAAUUUUUCCAGUCUAAAGGCUUGAAUGUUCUCGACUUGGUUGUCCUCUCUGGAGCUCACACAAUUGGAAGAACCACAUGUGAAUCUCUACAAUACAGGCUAUAUAACUACAACGGAACAAAGAAAUCAGAUUCAAGACUCGAUCAUCACUACUUAAAUUACUUAGACAGAAAAUGCAGAUGGGCAUCUGAAUAUGUUGAUCUUGAUGCUGUUACUCCCAAAAAAUUUGAUGUCCAAUAUUACAAGAAUCUGCAAAGGGGAAUGGGACUAUUGUUGACAGACCAAUUGCUCUACACUGAUCCAAGAACUGCACCAAUUGUCACAGCUUUGGCUACUCAGCCAGACACUUUUGAAAAUCUUUUUGCAGCUUCUAUGGUCAAGAUGGGCAAUAUUCAAGAUUAUCUAAGCGUUGAUGGUGAUGUCCGACUCAAUUGCGCGCGUGUCAAUAGUCCUGCUUAUUAAAAUCUUUGACUUUUUUUAAAGUUAAGUUAUAUAUACCAGUAGUGUGAAGAUUCUUUUACGCUAUCAGUAUGAGUUUGUUCCUUUUUCGGGUUUUUACUAUGCUAAUGUAAUUUGUACUUUGAAGUUUCGAAAUUUGCAAAUUAAACUGCAAAAGAUAUUGUAAAAUUGUACUAGUACUAUUUAACUGGUAGUACUUGAUAAGAUUAAUUUAUAUGUAUUCCAUCUCCUUUAAAGGUUGAAAUUAAGAUGAGUUGUCCGGGA